AUGGCUACAGUCAUCCAUUACCCAUUCUGGGAAAUCAUAUCCGAAGAGCACGGCAUCGACCCCGCCGGCGUGUACCGCGGCACUAGCGAUUUGCAACUCGAACGUAUCUCCGUGUACUACAAUGAGGCCUCUGUUGCGACGGCGGAGAACGGCGGCAAGUACGUCCCCCGCGCCAUCCUGCUCGACCUGGAGCCCGGCACCAUGGACGCCGUGCGCUCGGGCGUCUACGGCCAGCUGUUCCGUCCCGACAACUUCGUGUUCGGCCAGUCCGGCGCAGGCAACAACUGGGCCAAGGGACACUACACCGAAGGCGCAGAACUCGUGGACGCCGUGCUAGAUGUCGAGCUGUUCAAGAGAAUAUCGGAGCAGUUCACCGCUAUGUUCAGGCGCAAGGCGUUCUUGCAUUGGUACACUGGCGAGGGUAUGGACGAGAUGGAGUUCAACGAAGCGGAGAGCAACGUGAACGACUUGGUCUCCGAAUACCAACAGUACCAGGAGGCGACCGCUGAAGACGACACGGAGUUCGACCAGGAGGACCUCGAGGAGCUGGCGCAGGAUGAACACCACGAC